AUGUCGACCAAGGUUCUCGCCGACAAGGACGUCAACGCUGCCAUGACGGAGCAGCAGGCUCCUGUCAAGGAGGUCAAGAGCAUGGAGUAUCACCGCCAGAUGCUCCAGACCAAGAUGGCGCAAGAGGAGACGACGACCCAGUAUGUCUCGCCCUCGGACAACAUCAUGAGCCCUUGCACCGCCAAGAUCAAUGCUCUGCGCAACAAGCACGCGAGCAAAGCCAAACCCAAGUCGCUGUUCGCCCAAGCCAGCGCUAAGAAACUCAAGGGCGACAACCCCUUGGGCGCAAAGCCAGCCCCGACCAAGGCCUUUGGUCUGUAA